AUGACGGAAGCAGAAAGCCUGUCGUGGAAACAGUCCGAUCUGAUCGAUGCAGAAAUGCCAGCCUGUUCCGUCGAAUGGAUCCCAGAUCAAGAGCUUCUAGCGGUCGGAUGUUACGAACUCGUUGACGGCGAAACCUCAGAGCGAAGAGGAAAGAUUGAGUUUUACUCGAUAGAUGUACAGGGAAAGUACAAAAAGGAGCACGAUCUGAACUGUGCGGCGAUUUUGGACAUGAAGUAUGAUCAAGUUUGUGGGAAGCUUUACGCUGUAGAUUCUAAUGGCUUCAUUUCCGUGGUAGAUCCGAAAGAAAAGAAGAUUGAAAAGAGAUUCCAGACGUCGCAGGGUUUGUGCUUGUCCCUGGCGAUUAAAGACACUUCUGUGGCUGUUUCUUCUUCAGUUGGAUCCGUUUCUAUUGUCGACAAGCAAACGCUAGAAGAAACCGCUUGGUUGGGAGUCCACGAUGAUGCAGAAGCUUGGAUAGUUGCUCUUGGACCUAACGAGACAAUGUUCACGGGCGGUGAUGACUCUUGUUUCUGUCUUUGGGAUCUCAGAAGUCAUGAAACAAUAGUGAGAAAGAAGUUUAUGUGCGGACAGACUUCUUGCGAAUGGAGCCCGAUCGACGAAAACAUCAUCGCUCAAGGCGGUUAUGACGAUACAAUUCGUCUGUGGGACACUCGGAAUUGGAAAUCACCCCUUGACGAGCAACAUCUCGGCGGUGGAGUGUGGCGAACGCGUUGGAAAAGUGAUGGAAGUCAUUUGGUCGUCCCGUGUAUGUACGAAAACUCUCGACUCAUCCAAGUCAGCGGCUCGCACAAAAUGAAAGAACUCGAGAAGUCCGACUGCCAUAGUUCUAUCUCAAUGGCGGACAACGAUGGAGCGGAAACAAUGACGAUCGAGGAGACUAACAAGCUCCGUGCAAAGCUUGGUCUCGCUCCUCUGGAGGUCCAUUCUGAUGCGCCAAAAGAUGACGGCCGCAUUCUUGGCAGCGAUGGAACUCGGUUCCAUCACAAACCCGCGAAAAACAUCACAGAAGACAAAAAGUCGGAAAAGAUUCGCGAGAAACUCGAGAAACGAAAAAAGCGUCGAGAUAUUGAUUCGAAAUUGAGCAAGGUGAAGGGUCUUGGAGAAUCAGACGGAGAAGACGAUAUAAAAUCUUGGGUCAAGAGAUCGAGGAAAAUUCACAAAGAAAAAGCCAAGGCUGAGCGGAAAGAAGCAGCGAUCAGGGCACGAGAAGCAGAAAUGGAAGAAGAGCGUAAAAUCAUUGAAGAAGAAAUGAAGGCGAAGGCGUAUUCUGGAAACGCUCUCGCUGGGUUGACAGUUGAGCACGAUCUUGAUCGAUUUGGGGAGGCCAAGAAAAAGGGCUUAUCUGAAGAUGUUCUCGUCAACGUGAACAUGCAAGAUGACGAGCGAGCAGCGCGAUACGUCAAAGACGUCAAAGACUCGAAAAAAAUCGACAAAACUGGUUACAACCCGAUGGAGAAGUACGACGAAGAAGCGAUGGAAAUGGAAGCUCUGGGCAUGGGCAAAGACUUGUUGCUUUCGAAAUACAACGAGACCAUCGAUGGGGAGAAGAAGAAGAAGUUUAUGAUCGGCAAGGAUGGUGCGAUCUCGACCGUAGCGAUGGAAAUGCGGAAACAAAUGCGAGAAGAACUGGCGAAAAGAUGCAUUAAUUUGAAUGAUAUCAAGUCGAAAAUCGCCAAUGAUUAUCAGACUCCUGAAGAAGCGAACGCCUUCAAAAAGCGCAAGAAAAAGGUCAAGAAGGUGCGUCAAAGAAAAACAGGAAUCGAGCUCAUGGAUGAUACUUUGGAAAGACGUGAUUUUGAGACUGAUGUUUUCGCUAAAGAUCAUGGCAGCAGAAAAAGAAAAGCAGUCAUCGUUGAAAACGAGAACAAUAAGAUGGAAGUCGAGCCAGCUGUAAAAGAAGAGGUUGAAAUUACGGAAGAAGAGCUUCAAGCGACCCUGAAUGCAGCAGCGAAAAAUGUAAAAGAAUCACUCAAAGACGAAGCUGACGUCAAAACAGAGCCACAAGAAAACGUCAUCGAAGACACAGUGAAAAAAGACGUUGUCGUGAAUUCCGCUCUCGCCCGAACCCGUCGUCUUCUCAAAACCAAAGCCAAGAUGGAAAUGGCCGAUCCAGCAGCGGUGCUCAAGGCGAGAAUUUCAAAGCUCUCGGAAAAGUAUAAGGAGCCAGAGAAGAUGGAUGGAGUCGAUGAAAAAGAUGUCAAAACGGAAAUUGUUUUGAAUGACGUCGAUGAAUUCUGCAGAGCUGUUGGCCAAGCAAAUGCAGAAAAGAUCCACGAGCGAGAAAAAGAGCUGAAAUACGAGCAACGAGAGCGGGAAAGAGAAGCUCAAGGGAAAAAAGGCGACGACUCGGAUGAAGAUGGAAUUGAUAUUGACGCAAUUCUCGCAGAUCCUUAUGCCAAACCAGAGAAGAAGAAGAUCAACGAUCAAGAACUCGAUGGAGUCGAAAAAGAACCACUCGCUGGCCGUGGUCUUGCCUCAGCGCUACGGGUUGCUUUUCAAAAAGGAUAUGUUGACGGGAAGCUUCCAGCGAAGGCUGGUGGAAUCACCGUCGAUGGAAAACACAAAGAGCGAAUUUCCGCCUCCGUUUAUUCAAUCGAAGACAAGAACCGAGUCGAUCAUCUCGACAAAUACGCAUCAGACAAGUACCGCAGGGACUCUAGCAGAGGUGGCGAACGCUCAAAAGGCUCACUCAUGCCAUUCAACGAGAAACGAGACUAUGUUCCUUCUAUUACUGUCGAGCAUAUAGACGAAAUGGGUAGACCGAAGACUCAAAAGGAGGCUUUUAGGGACCUAUCUCAUAAGUUCCAUGGAAAAACUUCUGGCAAGAUGAAGCAAGAAAAGCGGGCAAAGCGAAUAGAUGAGGAUCAAGCGAUGCUGAGAAUGUCUUCAACCGAUACUCCGCUCAACACCGUCGAAAUGCUUCGCCGAAAACAGAAGCAAACUUCAUCAGCCUUUAUCUCCCUCACUGGCGGCUCGAUGCUUUCAUCGACGAAGAAAUAA